AUGUUUCAUUUUUUCUCCCGCCUUCUUUCUGUUGUCCCAUUUUACGUUACAUGGCUUUUCGAACCAUUAAAAUGGUACCAUAUUGAAAAGAGUUACGAAUGCAUUGCUGUUUCCAAAUGCAGGCAUUAUAUCAGACGUGCGGUCAAUGAUACUGAAAAAAACAGUGAAGAAAACAGAAUUUUGGAACCCUUGUUAGUUCCUGGUGAUAACAAUGAAAUCUCCGAAUUCGUCCUUGGAUUUCCGGAUAUCGCAAGUAUCGAUCCCUUAACCAAUAGUACCGUACUCCGCGAAAGCUUACGAGAUUCUCAUGGUGACUUGCUCGAUUAUUGCGAUCGUACCCAAAAGUUAGAACGCGAACUUCUCGAUAUUCUUGAAAUUAUGAAAUCAAUCAAUUGA